AUGUCUUGGUUUUGUGAAGAAAUAGAAAUACAAUUAGUUAAGUUACAGAUUGUAUCUACCGAUUUUGUUUCAUUCCAGGUUGGACUGCGGAAAACCUACACCAAGGAACAUUACUGCGGUGGAUCAAUAAUAGCCCCAUUGUACAUAUUAACGGCGGCACAUUGUGCCUGUGUGUCUUAUAACGGUCAAAAUGUUCCCUAUUCCCCAUCGUCUAUCUUUAUUCUAGCGGGACAAAGAGAAGUCCGUAUAUUUCCCAACAGUACUCAAAGAAGUGUGGAACAAAUAUCUAUUCAUGAAGAUUACGACUCUGAAUCAAUGGCUAAUGACAUCGCCCUAUUAAGAAUGAGUUCAGAAUUAUCGCUAAAUCAAGACAGUGCCAUAAAUUCAAUUCCUUUAAUAAAAGAAAUUUUACAAUCGGGAGCUUGUAUUGUUUCCGGAUGGGGAGUUACUCAAUAUGGUGCCUUUUCACCUAACAGAAUGCUGGCGUUAGUAGAGGUGCAAUUUAUUAAUUUUACACAGUGUUCAAAGAUGUACGCAUUGGAUGACAUAGAGCUUACACCCGGUAUGUUAUGUGCAGGAACGUUUACAGGGGGGAAAGAUGCCUGUCAGGGGGACUCUGGAGGCCCAUUGGCCUAUAAAGGCAUGCUAGCCGGAGUGGUUUCAACAGGUAGCGGUUGUGCAGAUCCCAAAUUUCCUGGCGUGUAUUCUGAUAUAGUUUACUUUACUAAUUGGAUUCAAAAAACCAUGAGUCAAAUGGAGCCGACGACCAUGUAUAUCGCCACCACGACAUCGAAACUUAUCGCAACAGAUACUACUCUGAAUUUAAUAAAUACAACUACAACCUUAUCCUUGUAUCCUACUAACGCAUCUAAUACUUCAACUGAAACGCAUUUCACUGAACAAAGUCGCAGUACCACCGACUCUUUACUUGUAACUACGCACUCGGUUGCAAGUAUGUUACUGAAAAGAAAUACCAGUCGAAUUCUAAUUGUUUAUAUAGCCUUGUAUGGAUUUAUAUGUCUUAAUGUGUAUUUAUAAAUGCAAAACAGCU